GUCUCGUGAAGCUGGGGAUCCACUGUGUCACGGGUCAGAAAGUUGCCAUAAAGAUYGUGAACAGAGAGAAGCUCAGCGAGUCUGUUCUGAUGAAGGUGGAGCGGGAGAUCGCCAUUCUGAAACUCAUCGAGCAUCCUCACGUUUUAAAGCUGCAUGACGUGUACGAGAAUAAGAAAUACCUGUAUUUGGUGCUAGAACAUGUGUCCGGAGGUGAGCUGUUUGACUACUUGGUAAAGAAGGGCCGCUUGACUCCUAAAGAGGCCAGAAAGUUCUUCAGACAGAUCAUCUCAGCUCUGGACUUCUGCCACAGUCACUCCAUAUGCCACAGAGACCUGAAGCCUGAGAACUUGUUGUUAGACGAGAAGAACAACAUCAGGAUAGCAGACUUCGGCAUGGCGUCUCUGCAGGUCGGGGAGAGUCUGCUGGAGACCAGCUGUGGAUCUCCACACUACGCCUGCCCAGAGGUUAUCAGAGGGGAGAAAUAUGACGGGAGGAAAGCAGACGCCUGGAGCUGUGGAGUCAUCCUGUUUGCACUUUUAGUGGGCGCGCUGCCAUUUGAUGACGACAACCUGAGGAACCUGUUGGAGAAGGUGAAGCUGGGAGUUUUCCACAUGCCUCACUUCAUCCCUCCAGACUGUCAGAACCUUCUGCGAGGAAUGAUCGAAGUGGACGCUGGCAAGAGGCUGACGUUAGAGCAGAUCCAGAAACACACCUGGUACCU